CCCACGUACCCCAAUCUCACCCACAAAACUUCCAUCCCUCUCUGCGUCAAAUCUCCUCCCCUCUCUGCCUCACCGGCGAUUACAAGCGCCGAAACCAGUGAUGUGCUGCCUGACCAAUAUCACUGGCCUCGCCACCAUAUCUGUCUCUCCCCACGCUCGCAGUCUAGCGCCGGUUCCAUCGCCCAUGCCGCCCGCCCUCGCCCGUACUCCACCUUAACUCCAUCCUUCCUCACCGAACUCCGCCUCAAUGCCAUUCUUCCUCUUUGCCUCCCCUCUCUGUCCCAGUAAUGGUGAUGGUAGUUUUACAUGGAGAAGGUACAAUCCCCUGGACAUCAAGGAGAGAAAGGAAUUAAAAAUCAUUGAACGAUUUUAAUAGUAGUGGUUUUGUUAAGUUAUAGUAGUAUUUUUUUUUCCUUGGUUUUUCUGGUUAAGUUAUAGUGGUUUUGAUGAGCAGUAUUAAAUAGUAGUGGUUUUAUCAAGGUGUAGUAGCGAUUAUUUAUCUUUUAGUAGUGGUUUUUUAGCCAUGUUAGCUGUGAUUUAUUGAUUUUACCAUUUUUGUAGUAGUGAUUCUUAUUAAAAUUUUCAAUGACUGCAAAUUAAAAACAUGUUAAAACACUACUAGUUACAUGAAAAUCACUAUGGACCAAAAAAAAUACUAUUAUCAAGUAUCAACCUCUAAAACCAUCCGUCGCUAUUAAACAAAAAUCCUAAAAUCACUACUAGAAAAUGACUAAUAAACUGGGAUUUUUCCAGAAAUAGCACAUUUUUAAAAAAAUUACAAAAAUAGCACCCAGUCCAUAGAAAUUACAAAAAUAACACCCUUUUUUUAAAACCACACCUCCAAGGUGCGGUUUGACUGUGAACCGCACGCCCAAGGUGCGGUUUAAGGUUCUGGGCCAAAAUCGCAUCUUGGGCAUGCAGUUUCAGGUCUGACCUAACAGAACCGCAUGGUCUAUGUGCGGUUCUUGGUCUGACCUAGCAAAACCGCACUUUGGGGAUGCGGUUUUGUUUCUCCAAAACAAACCGCACCCUCAACAUGCGGUUUUGCCUUUGCCGACACACAAACCGCACCCCCCCCCCCCCCCAUGCGGUUUGUGUGUCGUCCUCAUUUUUCCGACACCAAACAUGUUGCCAUGCAGGUUGACAGACGUGGGGCUGCAUGACAGAUGAAAACUGCACCCUCCCCAUGCGGUUUUCAUUGUGAUUUGUGAUUUUUAUGAUAUUAACUGAACUACGAUUUUUUUGCAGAUGACAUUCCAAAAGUUCACGCUUGGGUUACGGUGGAAUGGUUACACGGAAGAGACCGGAAAGGGGGUCACCUACGUCGGUGGCAAUUUUUAGAAAAUAAAGGUCGCUACUAGACCGAUGCUUGAAGACCUCUAUCAAAUGUGUACUAACGUUACUUGCAUGGAUGGCACGAGAAGAGUUGAUCGUAUGGUGUACCGAUAUCCAAACAGAGAAGGAGGGUCGUUGUGGCACGAGGAAUAUCUCAUAACCACUCAGGAUGAAGUAGAUGCGAUGCUCGAAUUCUUGAGGUCCAACAAUCUUUCCAAAGCCGAGAUGUUCGUUUACACUGAGGCGGUCGUAGGCGUUGGAGGUCAUUUUGGAGACGGUCAAACAUCUGGUAUACAUGGUGGAGGUGAAUUAUAUGGAGAUCAUCCCUACCAAAGUUACCAUAAUCCUCAUUCCUACUUUCAGUACCAAGAGCAAGGUGAAGGUCAUCAUCAAUCUUUCCCAUCAUAUGAAGAAGAAGUUCAACCGGACCAUGCCAACCAACAAGAGUACAACUUCCAAUCAAGCAGCGGUAGUUUUCACAACUACCAUUAUGGAGCUGACGAAGGUGCCUUUCAUGAACUAGAUCAGAUGGAAGAUGCCCUGUCAGCACCAGUUAGUGAACCCUCUGAUGAAGAAGGAGAGAACAACGUCAGUGCAGACAACUCCGACCCUCUUGAAGGUGCUGAUGAUUCAGGACCAGAAUCAGACUUAGGUAAUGAUGAUGAGGUGGCUCGUGAACAUGUACCAGUCCCCUACUACAAUCAUAUUCCAGACGAGAAUUGGUGUGUCGACAGCGACAUUGAGCCGCCAGAGGUCCCAGUAUGGGGUCCACUCACUUGGUUUAUGAAGGGCCAACAAUUUGGCUCGAAGAAGGAGGUGCGGCACGCCAUUGAUACUGAAGCAAUGACUCGACAUUUUGAAUGGCAAACAACUCAUUCCAAUACGAAAAGGCUCAUAGUCAGAUGCCGUAAUCAUCACGAGGGAUGCAAUGUUAGGAUUCGGGCCAUCAACUGCAAGAGACAUGGCCAUUGGGUCAUAUCCCGUGCGGUGAACACACACGUGUGUGUGUCAUCCAUAACAUCCCAAGGCCAUCGACAGUUGAAAUCCAGUGUGGUUGUUGUGGCUAUCAAGCAUCUAAUAGAGCAAGAUCCUGACCUGAAGGUCAAAGUCAUAAUCGCUGACAUUGCAAGUCGUUAUGGUUAUAUGAUUAACUAUAAGAAGGCGUGGCAUGGAAAGCAGAAAGCUCUGGCCGCCGUCUUUGGUGAUUGGGAAGAAUCAUAUGCAUUCCUUCCCCGAAUUGAUUUUAGCAUUAGAGGCGUCUAACCCUGGCACUGUUUUCUCCCCUCGAUACCAAGAUGAAGAGAUACAGCCGCCACAGCCCGAUAACAAACGCCAUUUCAGACG